AUGAUGAGGGCCGUUCUGGUUGUGGUGGCUCUGCUGGCCGUGUCGCUGGUGCACCUGUCCUCGGGUGCGCCGGAGCCUGCGUGCUGCUUCCCGCGCCACUUCGUCUCCUCCUACGAACACUUUGCCGACCAGGGCGGAUUUCAGGCGAACAUCCGCUAUUCGGAGGACUACGGCGUCCGGCUCGAUACCAGCCUGUGGGACCCCAAGGCCGUGGCCUCCCGCGCCCAGGUCUACCUACUCAAGACCGGCCACCUGUACGAGUACAACGUGACCUCGGGCAGUUGCGUUCACUUCGAAUGUUCUUCGUGCUUCACGCCCUUUUGCACCGGUCAGAACACCGCCUUCCGCUUCGCUGGAAACGUCACCAUCGGCAGCCAGAACGCUCAGAAAUGGGCUGUGCGUGCUGGGGAGGAGUUCUACAGCGAGAUCACGGCCGUCGGCAGCCGGCCCGGGCAAUGCAUUCCCGUCAACGAGCUCGCCAUGUCCGGCAUGUACCUCGAAGCCGACACCCGAUACUCGAACUCAUUCUUCUACAACGUGCGCCCGUUGAGCUCGCUCGACGGCAGCUUCUUCAACCCGCCGGCGUCCUGCCGGGACGUGCACGUGACGACGAUGACGCCGACGACCCGCCCGCAGCACUUCCCGCCCGCAUUCCUCUCCCUCGAGGGCCAGGCGCGCCUGCUUGGCGUAUUGUGA